AUGGACGUGGACGUGGACAUGGACGUGGACAUGGACGUGGACGUGGACGUGGACGUGGACGUGGACGUGGACGUGGACGUGGACGUGGACAUGGACGUGGACGUGGACAUGGACGUGGACGUGGACGUGGACGUGGACGUGGACAUGGACGUGGACGUGGACGUGGACGUGGACGUGGACGUGGACGUGGACGUGGACGUGGACGUGGACGUGGACGUGGACGUGACGUGGACGUGGACGUGGACAUGGACGUGGACGUGGACGUGGACGUGGACAUGGACGACGUGGACGUGGACGUGGACAUGGACGUGGACGUGGACGUGGACGUGGACGUGGACGUGGACGUGGACGUGGACGUGGACGUGGACGUGGACGUGGACCUGGACGUGGACGUGGACAUGGACGUGGACGUGGACGUGGACGUGGACAUGGACGUGGACGUGGACAUGGACGUGGACGUGGACGUGUGGACGUGGACGUGGACAUGGACGUGGACGUGGACGUGGACGUGGACGUGGACGUGGACGUGGACGUGGACGUGGACGUGGACUGGACGUGGACGUGGACGUGGACGUGGACAUGGACGUGGACGUGGACGUGGACGUGGACGUGGACGUGGACGUGGACAUGGACGUGGACGUGGACGUGGAGAUGGACGUGACGUGGACGUGGACAUGGACGUGGACGUGGGCGUGGACGUGGACGUGGACAUGGACGUGGACGUGGACAUGGACGUGGACGUGGACGUGGACGUGGACGUGGACGUGGACGUGGACGUGGACGUGGACGUGGACAUGGACGUGGACGGACGUGGACGUGGACGUGGACAUGGACGUGGACGUGGACGUGGACGUGGACGUGGACAUGGACGUGGACGUGGACGUGGACAUGGACGUGGACGUGGACGUGGACGUGGACGUGGACAUGGACGUGGACGUGGACGUGGACUGGACGUGGACGUGGACGUGGACGUGGACUGGAUAUGGACGUGGACGUGGACGGGACGUGGACGUGGACAUGGACGUGGACGUGGACGUGGACGUGGACGUGGACGUGGACGUGGACGUGGACAUGGACGUGGACGUGGACGUGACGUGGACGUGGACGUGGACAUGGACGUGGACAUGGAGUGGAGGACUUGAUGUGGACAUGGACUUGGACGUGGACGUGACGUGGACAUGGACGUGGACGUGCAUGGACGUGGACAUGGACGUGGACGUGGACGUUGGACGUGGACGUGGACAUGGACGUGGACGUGGACGUGGACAUGGACGUGGACGUGGACGUGGACGUGGACGUGGACGUGGACGUGGACGUGGACGUGGACGUGGACUGGACGUGGACGUGGACGUGGACGUGGACGUGGACGUGGACAUGGACGUGGAAAUGGACGUGGACGUGGACGUGGACGUGGACGUGGACGUGGACGUGGUCGUGGACGUGGACGUGGACGUGGACGUGGACGUGGACAUGGACGUGGACAUGGACGUGGACGUGGACGUGGACAUGGACGUGGACGUGGACAUGGACGUGGACGUGGACGUGGACGUGGACGUGGACGUGGACAUGGACGUGGACAUGGACGUGGACAUGGACGUGGACGUGGACGUGGACGUGGACAUGGACGUGGACGUGGACGUGGACGUGGACAUGGACGUGGACGGGUGGACGUGGACGUGGACAUGGACGUGGACGUGGACGUGGACAUGGACGUGGACGUGA